UGUAUAAUAAAUUAAUCCGAAUGAGACGACAAAGUCUAUUCUCUCCUUCCUAUUCAAUUUCAUUCUCUUUUCGUGGAAAAAGAGCGUGCGCCGACUCACUUCUACAUCUCUAUAGAUAUAGUUACGUAGGUGUAGAUAUCAUACACACACUCACACACACACACACACACACAUAUUCCACGGCUCAUCAUCGAUUGCACGCGAUCUGAUCGCUCGUCGAGUUUCUCCGCAGAUAGGUCAUCGUGAUCCUCGCGAUCCUCGCGAUCCUCUUCGCUCCGCUCUCAUUCUCAACCAUCUCGAAAACGAGUCGACGAUCGCGAACUGACGAGCAAGAGAGAUAGAAAAAUUCAACGAAACAGAGCGAACCCAGGGGGAUAGGAUCGAGUGGGCCAGUCAGUUGUCCACUUAUCAGCCGCCAUCUUGCUGCCAGCGAGAACGGUGACAGACGGACCUGUCUGCUUUUCGGAGCUUAGGGACUAGGAGGGAGAGGGAAGAGAGGGAAAGGAAGGAACAGAGAGAGAGAGAGAGAGAGAGAAAGAGACGGCGCAAUCCCUUCAUGUUCGGAUGUCCAUCCCGUCGUCGUCGUCGUCGUCGCCGAGAGUAAUCGAGGGCAGAGAGGGCGGUGAAUAGUGAAAAACAGAUGAGAGUAAACUCCAAGGGUGAUUGGUAGCAGCUGAUUGGCGGCCCUAAGAAUCAGCGAAGAGAGAAGAGGGGAAAGGAAUCGGUCGCGUCGAUUAAUAAGACACUCUCCAGGGUUAAGUAUAUUAAGUAUAGAUAUAUAGGGUGACACAUACGCACGCCUACACGCGUGUACCGUCUCGUUGCCUCCUGUCGCGCGACGAUGGCAAUGGAGACCCCGAGGGAGCGAGAGAUCGCCGCCGAGGAUAGUAUCAAGGUGGUCUGCAGGUUUCGGCCGCUGAACGAUUCCGAGGAGAAGGCCGGCUCCAAGUUCAUCGUCAAGUUCCCGGCUGGGGGCGACGAGAAUUGCAUCUCCAUCGGGGGCAAAGUAUAUCUCUUCGAUAAAGUAUUCAAGCCGAAUGCUACACAAGAUAAAGUUUACAAUGAGGCAGCAAAGUCCAUCGUCACGGACGUUUUGGCAGGAUAUAAUGGAACCAUUUUCGCAUACGGUCAAACAUCGUCAGGUAAAACGCACACAAUGGAGGGAGUCAUUGGCGAUCCCAACAAGCAGGGUAUUAUCCCGAGAAUCGUCAAUGACAUCUUCAAUCAUAUCUACGGCAUGGAGGAAAAUUUGGAAUUCCAUAUUAAAGUAUCAUAUUUUGAGAUUUACAUGGAUAAAAUCAGGGAUCUUCUCGAUGUAUCUAAGGUCAACUUAAGUGUACAUGAAGACAAGAACCGGGUGCCGUUUGUGAAAGGCGCGACCGAACGAUUCGUUUCUAGUCCCGAGGAAGUGUUCGAGGUGAUAGAAGAGGGCAAAUCGAAUCGGCACAUUGCCGUGACCAAUAUGAACGAGCACAGCUCGCGUUCCCAUUCUGUUUUUCUCAUAAAUGUUAAACAGGAAAAUCUAGAAAAUCAGAAGAAACUUUCCGGCAAACUAUAUCUUGUCGAUUUGGCUGGUUCGGAAAAGGUUUCUAAAACCGGUGCCGAAGGAACAGUACUUGACGAGGCAAAAAACAUCAAUAAAUCCCUGUCUGCGCUGGGUAAUGUAAUCUCGGCCUUGGCUGACGGCAAUAAGACUCACAUUCCUUAUCGCGAUUCCAAGCUAACAAGAAUAUUGCAAGAAUCAUUGGGUGGUAACGCUAGAACCACGAUCAUCAUCUGUUGUUCUCCCGCUAGUUUCAACGAAUCGGAAACAAAAUCGACUUUAGAUUUCGGUAAGCGCGCUAAGACAAUCAAGAAUGUUGUAUGUGUGAACGAGGAGUUGACGGCCGAAGAAUGGAAACGUCGCUAUGAGCGUGAAAAGGAGAAAGCGGCCAGAUACAAAGGCAAGGUGGACAAAUUGGAGGCGGAAUUGUCACGUUGGCGGCAGGGCGAGACCGUUAAGCCCGAAGAGCAAGUCAGCUUGGUCGAAGGACCGGAUGUUACCACGCCAAUCAAUGUGCCUGUCGAAGGCAAACUGGACGAUAGUCCGAUGCCCGCCACCCCCGGCGGCGGUCUCAUGAUUGGUUCCCUCUCGAACGAGGAGAGACAGAAACUCGAGGAGGAACGCGAAAGACUGUAUCAACAGCUGGAUGAUAAGGACGAAGAGAUCAAUCAGCAGUCGCAAUACGUCGAGAAGCUUAAGGAACAGAUGGAGGAACAGGAGGAACUUAUCGCCAGCGCGAGGCGAGAUUAUGAGCAGCUGCAGCAGGAGAUGAACCGAAUACAACAGGAGAACGAGAGCGCUAAGGAGGAAGUGAAGGAGGUAUUGCAAGCACUGGAAGAGCUCGCCGUCAAUUACGAUCAAAAAUCGCAAGAGGUCGAGCUAAAAAAUAAGGAACAGGAAUCUAUGGCGGAGGAGCUGUUGGCUAAACAAGUAGCUCUGAACAACACCGCAUCCGAGCUGCAACAGUUGCGCGAUAUGUCGGCUCAUCAAAGGAAACGCAUUGCAGAGAUGCUAGCGAAUUUCUUGAAAGACUUAGGCGAAAUUGGAGUUGCAAUCGGCGGCGAAUCUAACGAAAAUCUAAAAAUUGCUCCACCGGAAAGCAACGGUAAACUUGAAGAGGAAUUUACAGUGGCGCGGCUAUUUAUUAGUAAAAUGAAGUCUGAAGUGAAGAAUUUGGUGCAGCGAUGUCAGGGAUUGGAAAGCUUUCAAGUGGACUGUAACAAGAAAGUUUCCGAAUAUGAGAAGGACUUGGCCGAGAGCCGAUUGUUGAUCUCGCAACACGAAGCACGUAUGCAGACGCUGACGGAAUCGAUGAAAGAAGCCGACGCACGUAAGCGGGCCCUGGAGGAAGAUGUGGACGCGUUGCGUGAAGAGUGCGCCAAACUGAAGGCCGCUGAACAGGUGCAGGCGGUUACCAACAAGGAAAAGGCCGAGGAGAAAGAGGCGGCAACGAAGAUGCGAGUGGCCCUGGAAGAGCAGAUGGAUCAACUAAGAGAUGCGCAUCAAAAACAGGUCGCUGCUCUUCGAGACGAGUUGUCCGAGAAGCAGGAGUUGAUCAGCGAACUCAAGGAUCUGAAUCAGAAGUUUACCUUGGCGCACCAGCAGAUGCAGGCUGAUUACGAACGGUUGAAGCAAGAGGAGGCUAACAAGUCUGUCAAGCUGCAGGAACUUGUCCUACUGAAUGAGCGCCGAGAGCAAGCGAGAAAAGAUCUCAAGGGAUUGGAAGACACGGUAGCCAAAGAAUUGCAGACCUUGCACAAUCUGCGAAAAUUAUUCGUCCAAGAUCUGCAAACUAGAAUAAAGAAGACCAUCAGCGCCGAGGACAAUGAGGACGACGGCGGUUCUCUCGCGCAGAAACAAAAGAUAUCCUUCUUAGAAAACAAUCUGGACCAACUGACGAAGGUGCACAAACAACUCGUCAGAGACAAUGCCGAUCUUCGCUGCGAGCUGCCUAAAUUGGAGAAGCGACUGCGAGCGACGAUGGAACGUAUCAAGGCUCUGGAGACGGCACUGCGCGAUGCUAAGGAGGGCGCAAUGCGGGAUCGUAAGCGCUAUCAGUACGAGGUGGACCGAAUCAAGGAGGCGGUCCGACAAAAGAAUCUUGCGCGCCGCGGACCUAGCGCGCAGAUCGCGAAACCGAUUCGCGCCGGUCAGCAUCAUUUGAGCAAUGUCAACGCCAUCAGGACUGGCAAUCGUGAUCACAUAUACACACACAGAUAUGGGUAACAGCGUACAGUGAUGAUCGUGAUCGCAUAAUGCCAAAAUACCCUUCACUUUUACAGAAAACGAAUGCAAGAACGCUUUCAUCGAUGAAAACAAAAGAAUUCCAGCGGCUCUUAUGUAUAAUGGAUAUGCAUAAAUGUUACAAUUACUAUUACUAUUAUUAUAUUAUAAAAAAUAAGGGCAAUAGUACUAUAUUAUCUGCAAAGAGAGAGCACCGCCAGUUCUUUUAACUUUCUUU